GGAUCCGACUUGUUCAGGGAAUCGUUCGACUAUUUAUUAUUGUCUGGGUUUUAUUUAUUUUUUGUCGCGUAAUCAAAGUGUCAGCGUUGCUAACACACUCGCUUAGCUUCUACAUGUGUACAUAUAUGUAUAUGUGUAUAUGUCUCUAUCGGGCACGUGCAUUUACAUAAAUUAUAAAGGCAAACAUGAGCAAAUCAACGGGCAAUGCGCCACCGUUCACAUACGUUCCGCCGCCAUCGGCGCCUCCAUCCUAUCUGGAGGCUAUGGGCGGGGUGAAGCCAGUGGGACCAUAUACGCCACUUGCUGCCCCAGCCACCGUUGGCACAAACAUAUUGACCACAGUGGUGCCAAUUGGACGCACAUCGACACACAUGCUAUGCCCCUCAUGCCACGCAGAGAUUGAGUCUACGACACGUACGGAGCCAGGAAUGAUUGCCUAUCUGUCCGGAUUUGUAAUUGCAUUGCUUGGUUGCUGGCUGGGCUGCUGCUUAAUACCUUGCUGCAUUGAUGACUGCAUGGACGUGCACCACACGUGCCCCAACUGCAAGGCGUAUUUGGGCCGCUAUCGGCGAUAAAUAACUGCCACUGUUGUCAUGUACACGCACAUACGUGACACAGUUAUAGAUAUGGAUGUGAGAGAGGGAUGCGAGGUGGCGAGUUAAACUUAAGCGAAAGUUUUGCCUUUUUUAAUUAAUUGUAAUAAUAUAUCACUUUAAUUCUACAGCCGACGGGAAUGCAAGCGCUUAACUCUAAUCUCAUGCUAAUCCUUGCUAAAUUGCUCAUGCUCCAUACAUGUAUUUUAUUAGCGAUAACGAUAACGAUUUAAAUUUAUUGGUUUGCUAUUCAUUAUUGUCAAAAUUGGACGAAUUCGCACGUAAAUGCUCAAUAUUCCGAACCACAACGGCAGCUAAUAUUGUAUAUGUUAAUAUUUAUGUAAACAUUUACAGAAAUUUGUCCAAUGAGCUUUUGUUGUUCACCAAAAAUACCAAUUGUACAUGGAAUUAAAGUUCAAAAUUCUUUCAAGAAUUGACUGGUAAUAAAUAUAAA